AUGGCCAACCCGGCUACGUCAGAUGAACCGGAGACAACAUACUUCGCGUAUUGCGUUUGCUUUUCAUGGACUACCGUUGAAUGCCUUAACGUCUUCUGUGUUGCAGCUGACGACGCAGACACCGGAGACUCGGGCAUCUGCGGCGCCAUCCUCACUGCGCUGUCGUGGGUGCUGGUCUUCCUCACCCUCCCAUUCUCCCUCUGCGUCUGCUUCAAGGUUGUGCAGGAGUACGAGCGAGCAGUCAUUUUCCGAUUGGGGCGCCUCGUCUCAGGAGGGGCGAAGGGGCCAGGUAUAUUCUUCAUACUGCCUUGCAUCGAUGCUUACGCCCGCGUGGACCUUCGUACACGCACAUACGACGUCCCGCCUCAAGAGGUGCUGACCAAGGACAGCGUGACGGUGUCGGUGGAUGCGGUGGUGUACUACCGCGUGUCCAACGCCACCAUCUCGGUGGCCAACGUGGAGAACGCGCACCACUCGACGCGCCUGCUGGCGCAGACGACGCUGCGCAACAUGCUGGGCACGCGCCCGCUGCACGAGAUCCUGAGCGACCGCGACGCCAUCUCCAGCUCCAUGCAGCUGACCUUGGAUGAAGCAACUGAUGCUUGGGGCAUCAAGGUGGAACGUGUGGAAAUCAAGGACGUGCGGCUGCCGGUGCAGCUGCAGCGCGCCAUGGCGGCGGAGGCGGAGGCGGCGCGGGAGGCGCGCGCCAAGGUGAUCGCGGCCGAGGGCGAGCAGAAGGCGUCGCGCGCGCUGCGCGAGGCGUCAGAGGUCAUCGGCGACUCCCCGGCCGCGCUGCAGCUGCGCUACCUCCAGACUCUCAACACCAUCUCUGCGGAGAAGAACUCGACGAUAGUUUUCCCUCUGCCUAUUGACCUGCUGACGUACUUCAUGAAGGCGCAGGGUGCCAUGGCCAACAGGGAGUAGAUGGCAGCUGGACGUAGCUCCUCGCCUCCCUCUUCAGCCCUCGCCAACGCCCGAGCCGCUCCCAACGCCACUCUGCCCGCAUCUUCUUCUUGUUCUUCUUCUUCUUCUUCUUGUUCUUCGGCAUUUUGUAAUGCGAAGAGAAACUGAAAAUUUUAAUGAGCAACUUUUCUUACUCGUCGCAAAACACGUCGUACAACAAUAUGCUAACCCAAGUAGUUCAAUUACCUGUGCCCCCUACAAACGUCCAUUCUAAAACUUGACCUUUCGAGGCAAAUGCCUAAUUGACUUUUGAACAUAAACUCAGUCGGUUCUGUUUUACAGGGUUCCAAACUGGAUUGCGAAUUUUCUAAGAAUACUUUGAGAAUAAUGUGUAUUUAUUAUUGUGUUUAAGAGAUGGGUAACCUCAAAUGACAAUAGAUGCAUGCUCUCUGCUCGUUAAUGGAAGGGGAAGGAAGUUAAGUAAACGAAAGAGCGCUCUGUUUCUAAAGGAGAUUGCUAUUCAACAAAUUCUUCCUUUAUCUAUAUACUAUUAGCCGCGUACAAUUUCAUCCCUCGGGUUUUCUGAGGUAAAAUGUUAGCGUAAAUUCGUACAGUUUCUUUCGAAUGUCAUUGUAGAGUUAUGUGAAAGGAUGCUAGAAAAAAGUAAUUGUAGAAUCAUAACUUCAUGACCUGAUAAACUGUGAUCGACUAGGCAUGCUUUGUUGCGUGUGAGUUAAAUUUGACAGUUCCCAAGACAGCACACUAUCAAUUGCAUAUUCAUCAGUAACACAGGUUGCACAAUAUUUCAUGUUUUGCAAUCAUAAAAGUAAAUACAAGCACAUUCAGUACUAUUUGAUAUGUAAUAGCGGAUGUGAUUCUGUUAGUACAUAGGAAAUUGCUGGUAUGUGAUCACAUCAAUAGUCCAAGAUCCCCAGUAAUCAUACAUGUGGCAAAGCGAGUAAGUUCUUGUAAAUCGUCUUCUCACUUGUCUUUGGGAAACUUGUACCACCAUUAAUGGUAAAAUAACGUCAGCAUGAGAGACUGUAUAUAGAUUAAUUGCGAUUCUCAAGUAAGAUUGACAAUUUGAGGGCAACAGCAUAAUCGUGUUCUAAGAUGAGCAUCCCACAUUAUUAAAUUAUGUUCUUUGAAAUGUCAAAUGCGAGGCACACGAAAUCACUAACUCCUACCCUUCGACUCCUCCCAGUCGUAAAGCAUGAUUCCCCCGUUGCAGGCAUUAAACGGUGAGAGCGGUAAAAAUGCGGUAAUUGUAAGACGAGGGACUACAAUCACGUCAGAUUGUUCAAUGUUGUAUUGGUUUUAACUUUUCACUAACAUCACAAAUAUAUUUUUAUUGUGGAGAUAGUUAACAUCUCAUUUUUUGUAUUCAGUGUUAAUUACAAUGUUUGUUUCCUAUAGAUUAUCUGUAUGUUUGUAAUAUUUGUAAGUCACAUUUUGGAGAAUCAAAUGUGCGUGUGUGUGCCAACGUCAUUCGACACAGGUUGACUGUGGUUCCUUCAAUCACACACCGUAAGAAGCAAUGAUAUGUACCCCAGAUAUGUCAAUCAUCGCACGCAAAUUGUAUUUGCAUAUUCUUUGCAUUCGUGAAAUUUGAAUAAAAAUCUCCUGUGUAAACCUAUGGAUUUUUUUUAGUGACGUUUGAGAAGAGCAGAUUUACUUUGAAAAAAUGGCUGCAAGCAAUUAUACCAUGGUCAAAAUCUGUCGAGAAUUAUUAACAUCAAUAAUUACUUUUCUGGUAAGAUCUAAGGGUUGUUGUGCAUUUUGGACUGAAAUAUUUAUGGUGUUCAAUAUAUUCGCGUUUAUUUAUUUCUUGUUUAUAAAACAUUCCUAGAAAUGUUAUGAUUAUUACACUCAAUAUGACAUGCAAAUGUAUUUUCAAUUUUUAGAUUAUUUAAAAAUAAAUAUCUAAAUUUCAAAGCGAAGAUAUCAUUUGAAUAUGUAAACAGUAAUUAUAAC